AUGCUCGUUUCCACUCUUGCUUUCGUGACUCUCUUACUAGGCACAGCAGAGGCAAAAAAACACCAUGAUUCGUCUUCACAAUAUGAUUUUGUUAUUGUUGGCGGAGGUACUAGUGGAUUGGUUGUCGCCAACAGACUUUCGGAAAUGCGAGAUGUCACCGUGGCUGUCAUCGAAGCUGGAGAUUCGGUUCUGAACAAUUUCAACGUCUCCGAUGUUAUGGGUUACAGUCUAGCCUUUGGAACGGAGAUCGACUGGGCCUACCAGACCGAGAAUCAGACAUAUGCUGGAGGAUUGAAGCAGACUAUGCGUGCCGGAAAGGCCAUUGGUGGCACAAGCACGAUCAAUGGAAUGUCCUACACUCGAGCCGAGAACGCGCAAAUUGAUUCUUGGGAACUAAUUGGAAACAAGGGGUGGAAUUGGAAGAGCCUCUUACCAUACUACAGGAAGUCGGAAGGUUUUCAAGUGCCCACUCAGGACCAAACUGCUCAUGGUGCCGAUUACGAUGCCAGGUAUCAUGGAGAAAAUGGCCCCCUGAAGGUCGGUUGGCCUACAGCGAUGACCAAUAAAAGCGUCCUUCCUGUACUCAACAAAACUUUCGAGCAACUGGGUGUCUCUUACAACCGUGACAUCAAUGGAGGCAACAUGGUCGGACUCACGGUUCAUCCCGAUACCAUCGACAGAGAGGCCAACGUCCGCCAUGAUACUGCCAGAGGUUACUACUGGCCCUACGAAACCCGUUCGAACCUCAAAAUUAUCUCCAAUAUGCACGCGAACAAAAUAAUCUGGGCCAACGACUCUCUCGGCGAGGCCGUUGCAAUUGGAGUUGAGGUUACCGGUAUUGAGGGAGUGGAGGAGAUAUAUGCUUGCAAGGAGGUUAUCUUGUCAGCCGGAUCUCUUAAAUCACCAGUGCUCCUAGAGUUGUCCGGUGUUGGAAACCCAGACAUCCUCCACAAGUAUGACAUUCCUGUCAAGGUCAACCUUCCUACUGUUGGUGAGAACUUGCAGGAUCAGACGACCAAUGGUCUCUCCUUUAAAGGGAAAGAUUUCUGGACUGGUCUAGCAACGUUCUCUGCUUUGCCAUCAGUCGACCAGCUAUAUGGCAACAAUGUCUCCGCCGUCGCUUCUUUUGUCAAAUCCAGCCUCGCUGAUUACGCAAAAUCUGUCUCCAAGGCGUCGAAUGACGUCGUUAAAGAGUUUAAUCUUCUGGAUGCUUUUCAAGUCCAGUACGAUUUGAUCUUCAACUCACAGGUCCCAUAUGCAGAGAUUGUCUUUCUUCCUAGUGGAGACUCAUUUUCAACCGAAUACUGGCCUCUUCUUCCUUUCUCAAGAGGUAGUAUCCACGUCAAGUCCGCAAAUGCCUCUCUUCCGGCGGCUAUUAACCCGAACUACUUCAUGUUUGGACAGGACGUCAGUGUCCAGGCUGAUGUGGCUCAGUAUAUCCGUAAGGCGUUUGAUACUACCCCACUGAGUGGUCUUGUGGGGGAAGAGGUUGCACCAGGACUGGACCUUCUUCCUAGAGAUGCAUCUGUCUCUACAUGGGAAAGCUGGGUCAAAUCGAACUAUAGAUCCAACUUCCAUCCAGUUGGCACUGCUAGCAUGCUUCCUCGUGAGAAGGGUGGAGUUGUUAGCCAUGAGCUCAAAGUCUAUGGUACCAAGAAUGUCCGAGUGGUUGAUGCUUCAGUUUUACCAUUCCAGCUCUGCGGCCACUUGGUAAGCACUCUUUACGCUGUCGCUGAAAGGGCUUCGGAUUUGAUCAAGGAGGAAUAUAUAGCUUAG